UCCAGGUCGGACACAAGCUUUCUCGGAUUGGUUCAUUGGCAAAUCCUCGACGCUUCUCGUGGCGGAAGAAGAAUAUCAUGGCAAUAACAGUAAUAAUACCGCUUCGACACCUGGAAUCGUCGUCGAUAUUAAUGCUACGGAUGUGGAGACUGCCUCCUCAAACAUCACGACGACGGUCUUGAGCACAGGCGAUGAUGAUCUGCAUCUGUCGGCUGCCUAUCCUAAAGACAUCCUCCUCGACUUUGACGAUGAUGCAUGCGGAGAGCAAUAUGGUGGAGCAUACCUUCGCAAAUUUCGAGAGAGUGCGACGGAUAUGUGUGCUGCUGCUGCCGCGAGUGAGGAUGGCUCUUCUUCUCGACCUUCUUUCACGUGUUUUACACACAAUGCUUGGACCUACUGGCGAGAUCGUCAAGAAGAUACUUUUUGCGUUGGAACUCAGGUCGUGCUCGAUCCGGAAUCGGGUGCACAUGUUGAUUGUGCGCUUCGCAAUCUGACGGAAGAGAAACAGCUGAUGAAGCCACAUGCUCAAGCUCUGGAUCGGAUUGCGGAUAAUUGGUAUUGGACUGGGACGCGAUAUCUGUUGGAUAGGUUCAUGCAUUUCAGGAGAAAUGGCACAGAGUCGAUUUCAGUGCAAUUGGCAGAUGAUGCUGUGCAUGUUCCGGAGAGGACGGUACUGUUGGUGAAGCGUGAGGGAGGAAAUGUGAUCAAUAAUGUCUGGCAUGUUUUCAUGCAGAUGAUGUCCUUGUGGCUCUCGUUGGAUGUGAUGCGAGCAACCAUCAACCCGGCUACGGGCCAACCGUUUUACACCGAUGAAGACGUCAAAAAUACCCAAGUCAUGAUCCUCGAUCAGGAUAAAGAAGGCCAUUUGUACGAGCUCUGGAAUAUGUUUGGAGACCUUCCCACCAUUCGCCGCGCAGACAGUCCACCACUCAAAUCCACUCGCGUCGUCCUUCCACUGGCAGGCGGGAAAAAUCCCAUUUGGCAAAGCAGAUUAGAACUCCCCAACUGCAACUCCUCUAUCCUCCUGCAAGCCUUCGUCAACCGCAUCUUAAACUUCUACCAUAUCCCCCUUUCCCCUCCUCCUCGACCACAAAACACCUCCACUACCACCACAAAAGCACCCCUCAACCUCGUCUUCGUCGACCGCAAAAACUACCGUCUCCUCACCAACCAAUCCCACCUCCUCACCUCCCUCCACUCCCACCUCACGACCACACACCCCCACGUCCAUCUCGAAAUCAUCGAUUUCGCCUCCUACCCAUCAUUUCCCUCUCAAAUUCUCAAACUCCGCUCCACCGACAUUCUGCUCGGCGUCCACGGCGCAGGACUCACUCACACAUUAUUUCUCCCGCCCAAAUCCACCGUCGUGGAAAUUCAACCUCCGGGUCUGAGGUAUUUUGGAUUUGCGGCGCUGGCGAAGUUUUUGGGACAUCGCUAUUUGCAGGUGUAUGGGGAGGAGAGGGAGUAUGAGGGUAUGACGCAUAAUUGGCAGGCGGAUGAUGUUUUUUUGAAUGAGGGGGAGUUUUUGAGGUUGGUGGAUCGGGCUGUUGAGGGGUGGGAUGGGUAGG